ACAUCGCGCAAUUACCUGAAGAGAAAUGUUGAUAUGUAACUAAUCUAUCCUUCCCAUCCAUUACAAUGACACUGGCAAUUCUGCGUUCUUCGUUGCGUCCGUCCCUCUCUGUACGCCUCUCCACCAUGACCGCCCGGAUGCAGCAACAACGGUGGAACUCCUUCUCAUCGUAUCUCGUUACUCCUCAAGAGCUCAACAAUGCCUUGAAGCAUUACCCCACCAGCGAGAUUUCUACAGCUCCUCGAAUUGUUCCACUAUAUGCAGGAUGGUUCAUGCCUAAUGACCCCGAAGGUCGUACGGGAAUUGAAGCUUUUCGCAAAAGCCACAUCCCUCAUUCGCGGUUCUUCGAUAUCGACGGCAUAAAGGACGAGGACUCACCUUACCCGCAUAUGCUUCCUACCAAAGAGCGACUUGCCGAAGCAAUGAGCGAAUUGGGGAUUCACCGUGAUGACGAGGUUGUAGUUUACGAUACCGCCGAGCAAGGCAUUCUCAGUGCGCCUCGUGUCGGCUGGACGUUACGUGUCUUUGGCCAUCCCAAUGUAUAUGUGCUCAAUAACUACCGGCUAUGGGUAGAGCAGGGCUUGCCUACGGAAUCCGGAGAUGCUAAACCAGUCCCGAAAACAAAUUACCCAGUUCCUUCUUAUGAUGUCGACCGAGUAGUGCAUUUCCCCGAGAUGAAGGAGAUUGCGAAGGAUUACGGUAAGGAAGGGGCGGACGAGGUUGAAAUUCUGGACGCUAGGCCUUAUGGACGCUGGUCGGGUGAAUCUCCCGAGCCUCGCCCUGGAUUACCCUCCGGCCACAUGCCUGGUUCCAAGAGCGUGCCCUUUGGGGAACUCCUUGAUCCCAAGACCAAGGCGUUCUUGUCCCCGGAAGAACUGCGCAAGGUCUUUGAGUCCAAGGGUGUUGAUCCAUCUAAGACAAUUAUUACAUCUUGUGGAUCUGGAGUGACUGCGGCGGUUAUUGAAGCUGCACUUACUGUUGCUGAAUUUGGUGAUCCAUCAAAACGAAGGUUGUAUGAUGGAAGCUGGACUGAAUGGGCUCAGCGGGUCAAGGAAGAUAGCGGUCUCAUCAAGAAACUCUGAACGCCGUGAUAUUACUUAUGAUGAGUUUGCAAUGUCCAAAGGCGCAGAAUUAGCCAAAGUAUCUUGGCUUCGAGUAUCAAUAUCUUCCAGAGUCGGGUCUUUGCACUCCUCGGCUUUCUCACAAUUUAUGCCGAUAUGUCUGCGUAUGGGAAACAAACAAAAUGGGCGUGCGUGUUUGAAAACUCCCUGAAUUUGGCGUUUAGUGUAUAUGUAUUGGUGUUCAUGGCUGUGAACGCGCAUACAGUGAUAUAGAAUGCCACGCGACUGCUAGCAAAACUGCGUGAUAUGAUAUAAAAUGCGAAUAUGCAUCAGUAAUA